AUGGCAUGUUUCCCCCUUCGGAAAACAGUUACUUCAAAGUUAGAUUCUAUUCAGAGGAUAUUUUGGUGGUCUAAAAAGAAUCCAAAGAGGGCUGCUUAUUUUAGAUCUUGGGAAGAUUUAGGUAAGUCUAAACUUAAUGGUGGAUUGGGUAUUAAAAACUCUUAUGUUACUAAUAGAGUUUUUAUCUGUAAUCUUGGCUGGCGUAUUAUAAAUAAUCCCAAUAGUUUACUCUCCAUUUGUUUGAAAGAUAAGUACUUUCCUAAUCAAAAUUUUCUAGAAAUUGAUAAGGCGGCAAAUACUUCUUCCUGGAUUUGGAAAGGCAUAGUGAAAGGGAUAAAAGUUUUAAAAGCUGACUCUGUGGUGAAUAUUAAUAAUGGGGCUUCUACUAGGAUUUGGCAGGAUAAUUGGAUUCCUGGAUACUCUUCUCCUCCUGUUCCAGGUGAUCCUUCUAAUAUUAGUUAUACUUAUGUAAAUGAACUUAUUGAUUCUCAGAAUGGUUGUUGGAAUGUUACCCUUUUAACGGAUCUGUUCUCACCUGAUGAAGUUACUAGAUUAAGACAAUUAGAUUAA